GUCAAAGGUCAUUUUGCCUCGGUCACUUCAGUUCACUUCCGGUUAGAGAUGGGAGGCACACGUGGGAGAAAAAAGAAGGCAGGAAAGAAUCAAAAUGGGAAGAAAUCAGACCAGACAAAUGCUCCAGGUCUCAGCAAAGCAGACAAGGGACAAAGACUGGAGGAAAAGAAGACGAAAGCUGCUGCACAGAAAACCAAGUCCAAGUUUACAGUAGAUGAAUUACUGGACAAGGCAGAGGAGUCCAUGGACAGCUACAACUAUGCAGUUGCACAGAAGUUCUGCCAGAGGGCACUAGAGCUGGAGCCUGACAACCUGCGGGCACUGGAGGUGUCAGGGUCAUUACUACUGGAGCUCGGGGAGGGAGACAAGGCCAAACAAUGUUUUGGCCGUGCGGUAGAACUGAGUCCUGACGAGGGCUUCACCAAGUACAUGUGCCUGGGACAGCUGUUGGAGGGGGAGGAGGCAGUGACAUGUUAUAACAAGGGCAUACAGGUCAUGGUGGCACAGAGACAUAAACAACAGGAACAGCUAGAGGGCGCAGCUGCAUGUGACCCUGACUCCCAGACCGUUACAUCACAGGACAUCUCCAGUGCCUACUGUUCUAUUGCAGAAAUCUACCUCACUGACUCUUGUUUUGAGGACUCUGCAGAAGAAAAGUGUAAAGAGUCCUUGGAGAAGGCGAUAGAAGAAUGUGACACCAACCCAGAGGCACAUCUCCUCAUGGCCAGCUUCCAGCUCAGUAAAGACAACAGGGAGGAGGCAAAACUCGCCAUAGAGAAGAGCCUGUCACUAUGGUUACCGGAGAGGAGUGAUGCAGAAGAUGAAGAGGAGAUGGAGGAAAAUGUGCCUGAGGAUCCUCUCUUACCAUAUGAGCAGAGAAUAGCAACUGCUAAGAUCCUGAUUGAGCUGGAACUCAUGGAGUCUGCUGAGAAAGUCCUGGCAGGGCUACUUCUGGAAGAUGAUGAAAUUGUACAGGUAUGGUACCUUCUGGGCUGGCUCCACUACGUACAAGGGGAGGACCACAAGGCACAGGCCAGGGACAACCUACAGCAUGCACUCAAGAUCUACCCCACAGUUGGCUGUGAUGAUGAGGACAUGCUAGAGCACAUCAAGGAACUCUUAUCUGAGCUCGGUCCAGGGGAGGAGGAGGAGGAGGAGGAGAUGGGGGAAGAGCAGGAAGAUUUCACAUUUGAUGAUGAUGAUGAAGAAGAUGAAGAUAGAAAUACAGAAGAUGCCAUGGACCAUUAACAACAUUUCAUAAAUGCUCCUGACAAAUCAAAACAAUCUUUGUUACAAUUGUACUUAAGAAAAGAACUGAAAUCAUGGACCAUUAACAACAUGAAAACAGGUCUUUGUUGCAGUUAGAAAAGAACACAUUUACAACACUGUGACAAUACAUGUAGAGAUUCUGAAAUGAUACAUAAUUACCAUAGCUUGUUUAUCACUUCAUUACUAAAAACACAAUUCAUUUAUUCUGAUAUGAUCAUAAUAUCUACCAUAGCUUGUUUAUCACUGUACAUUACGAAGUUAAAGACUCAUGACAGAAAGAAGGUAGACUUUCUGAUGUAAUAUUAACCCAUGUCCACCCAAUACCACAUCACUUCUCAAAUUAUGAUGGCAUCUGAGUUAGUAUAGCACAAAAACUGUUAUUGGUAGACUUUUGUUAAUUCUCAAUUAUUUCAGCACAUGAAGUGAAUUUGAUGCUAACAUAAGCUUUCCUUAUCAUAUAAAAGUGAUAAUCAAAUGAUAGGAUUGAUGAAUAAAGAUUAUUGAUGAAACGGGUAUACAGUAAACUUA